AAUUAUUACGAGAAAUUUGAUGGCUUUCAAUUCCUACUUUUUGCGUCGACACAUUCCUAUUCAUGAUUGCAUCCAACGAUCGUCUCCAUUUCUAAUUUCUUCUUCCUUCCUUAAUUUUCCACUGAACACCUCGUUUGUUUAACUGCACUUCCUCACUCGCCGGCGCUUUUUUUCCGUUCAACUUCCGUCGCCAUUUCCUCCUCUCUCCUCUAUGGGAAACAAGACAUUCAGAUCAAUUUAUACAGAGUAUGAAAGAACCAAGAAAAUGAUGGCGUCAUGGUAGUUCCACAAGCUGCAUGGGAGGCUUAUUAUAUCCUAUUGACUUUUAUCACAGAAGCAUGGCCAAGAAAAUAUUUAAUCAAAAGAGACGUCAUGGUGGACUGGAAACUCCUCGAAAUAGCCUGGAGCUACAGAUGGAGAGUUCCCAAAACUAUUGUGCUGCAGAAGAAAUACCGUACUCCUAUCAAAUCGAUGAAGUGUUUUCUGAUAAGGACUAUUUGAAAAAUGAGGCUUCAAUGAAGAAAUUAAUUGAUAAGGAAAUAUCCACGCGCACAAAUGUCAGACAUAAUGGACCAAGCAUUGUUGCUCGACUCAUGGGAAUGGAUAUGUUGCCCUUGGAUGCUAAAGAUGUAGUUGAGCUAAGUGACAAGAGACGUAAUACCAAGGGAGUUAAGACUUCAAAUAGAGAAAGUAAUGGCAGAAGCAAUUCUCAUGCAUCCUCCAAAUCAAAUUCUUCUAAGCAAAUGGACCUGAACUCAUCUUAUCAAGAUAAUGACAAGGGCGAUGAUCGUUGGAGCAGCAGUCAGAAGAUGGGAAAAUCACACCGUCGGGAACAUCCUCAGGAAGAGGAAUUACAAAAGUUCAAAAAGGAAUUUGAAGCAUGGCAAGCUGCAAGGUUUAGGGAGUGUUCAAGGGUUAUUGAAGUUAGUAGCAUCAACAGACGGUCACUUGCUCAGGACGACCUUGCCAAGGAGAAGAUGGCACUAAAUGCAAACACAAGGAGAAUAUUGAGUCAGAAGGUCUCAGCGGAACCUAAAGGUUCAACAGUGGAGAUGAAAUCAUAUAGAAAUAUCGAUCUGGAUGAUGGCGUUAAGAGGGAAACAUUCCCAGCUGAGCAGAGGGGAUCCUUUUCUUUGAGAAGUAAAUCCAUGGAUGCAGAUUUUGAACACCCUUGCAUGAUAAGUUGUGAUCAGAAAGACAAAUCGCGUGGCCCAACAAAGAUUGUGAUUCUGAAGCCUGGUCCUGAUAAGAUGUACCUCCAUGAAGAGCACUGGAAAAACUCCUCAGGGACCUUAGGAGAAAGAGUUAGUAUUGAAGAUUUUCUUGACGAGGUCAAGGAGCGGCUGAGAUGCGAAUUGCAAGGGAAAACGUUGAAAAAAGGUUAUGCAGCUCGUGGAAGUGGAAUAGAGACACCAUAUAGUGAGAGGCCAUCUCACACAAGACAAAUAGCUCAGAACAUAGCCACACAGGUUAGAGAUAAUGUCACAAGAGACAUUGGAAUAAAUUUACUUCGUUCAGAAUCCACAAGAUCAUACAAUAGCGAAAUUCAAUUUAAUGGGUUAGAUUCCCCAGAAUUCAUAAACAAAGAUACCAGAAGAUUGUUGUCAGAGAGACUGAGAAAUGUUCAAAGGAAAGAUUCAAAUUCAGACCUUGAUAGUGGCAGCUCUAGGUCAUCUGUAUGUGAUCAUGAAAGAGUUGUGAACCAAGUAGAAACCACUUUGAAAAAUGGAAAACGUUCAAGUUACUGGGAAGCACUCAGAGAUACAGAAGUUAUACAAACUAGAUCUUUCAGGCAUGAGGCAGACCAAAAUGAGGCUCUUCCCAAAGAAUUAUCUCCUAGGAAUCUCACCAGGUCAUUAUCAGCUCCAGUGUCAGGAACAUCAUUUGGGAAACUUCUUCUGGAGGACCGCCACAUUUUAACUGGUGCCCACAUUCAGAGAAAACAUGAAGCAAGUGAUGUGGCGGUGAGUGUCAAAAAGCAGAAGAAAGAGAGGUUUAAUUUCAAAGAAAAGGUUUCCAAUUUCAGAUAUAAUUUCACUCUUAGAGGGAAGCUGUUUGGUAGAAAGACUCAGUCAAUUAGCGGAUUGCAUUCUGCCAAUCUAUACUCUUCCAAAGACAUCUUGAGUGGACCAACCGUUGUAAUGAAUUCCGGAGAGCGCCAUGAAAGGGAGAAUUUCACUGAGGUGCCUCCGAGUCCUGCCUCUGUGUGCAGCAGUGUCCAAGAAGAGUUCUGGAAGUUAUCUGAUCAUCACAGUCCAAUAUCAACUUCAGAUGUGACUCCUAGAGAAGAGAACUGUGUUUCCCAGGUCUUUAGGGAGAUAAGCUCUAACUUGAAAGAACUUCGAAGACAGCUGAAUCAACUUGAUUCAGAUGAUAUUGAGGACAAAGUGGAACAGCAGCCCGUUGAGUCUGAAAUCGCAAAACUUGAAGAUCCAGCAGAAGCUUACAUACGAGACCUUCUUAUUGUUUCUGGUAUGUAUGAUGGAUCAACAGAUAACAACUUUUCACGGAAUAAUGCAGCUACAAAGCCUAUCAGCAAUGCAAUUUUUGAGGAAGUAGAAGAAGCUUAUAGAAAAUCAGAGACCAAAAAUGAAAUCAUCGGGAAGGAGCAGAAUGAAAAUAGUUUUGUGCACGAUCCUUGGCCUUUGCCAUAUUUUGUAAUAUCCAGCGUCAGAAAAGUUAAACAAUCAGCUGCCGCAAGUUCCAAUGUUCAAUUGCUGCGACAAAAGUUGGAAGUGGUUGUCAAAGUUGAUUAUUGAAGAUGUCUUUUGCUGGAGUUUGUAGUUGGAGGUGGUUUCUGGAGCCUGAAGUUGGUCGCAUGAAGGUGUAUUGGAGUUGGUUUUCGAAGUUUGUCAUCGAAGAUGGUUUUCAAAUCUUGGAAUUGGUUGGACAAAAGUGGUCGUCGAAGAUGAUUUCCGUUGGAGAUUGUAGUCGAAAAGGUGACUGUUGGAGCCCGAAGUUAGUCACAUGAAAGUGGUAUUAGAGUUGGUUGUCGGAGUUUGUCGUCAAAGGUGGUUGUUGAAGCCUUGAGUUGGUCGUCAGAGUUGCUUGCUCAAAAGUGAUCAUCAAAGGUGAUUUUCAUCGGAGUUUGUAGUCGAAGGUGGUUGUCGGAGUCUACGAAGGUGGUUGUCGGAGUUUGUUGUCAGAGCCAAUUGAUCGUCGGAGUUGGUAGCGCGAAUGUGGUCGUCGGAGUUGGGUCACCGAAGGUAGUUAUCAGAGGCCAUAAUUGGUUGUUGGAGUUGGUCGCCGGAGCUCUCAUCGAAGGUGGUUAUUAGAGUCUAGAUUUUGUCGUCGAAAUUGUCAUUGGAGGAGGUUGUCGGAGUCAGAGUUGUCAUCAAAGGUGGUUGUCAGAGCUCGGAGUUGCUCGCCGGAGUUGUUAUCAGAGGUGGUUUUUGGAGUCCGGAGUUAGUUCUCGGAGUGUGACAGUGGCCGAUGGGUGGAGCCAUUGAAAACAUGGAAAGAAUGGAGAGUUGGGGUGAAUUGGUAAAAUAUACCAACUCAACUCCACCAACAUUUAAAGUUGGGCCAAACAAUGAGUUGGCAUAUUAUACCAAUUGAACUCAUGUUGGUGAGCCAAACACCCCCUAAAAAUAUUCGAUUUUGUUUGUGAUGUCUGACAAAUUUAAAAAUUUAUAAAAUUAUUUAAUCUGUUGUAUA